AUGUACAGAGUUCAGAGACUUGCGCUUAGAGGCUAUACCGCGCUGGAAACACCAGCGAGCGUCGCGCUUAUCAUCCCGCCUCACCAACAAACAUACACCCCUGAUGAGGCGGGCCCCUUAAGGUAUUACUGUACCUCUGUGGCCGGUGGUGCAACGUGUGUUUGGGCGUGCCCCAGGGCUGGCGAGGCGGGCCGGCCGCGGACGGUGACCCUGGAGCGGGGGCCGGGCGGGCUGGGCUUCAGCAUCGUCGGGGGCCGCCGCGGCCCGCACGGGGACCUGCCCGUGUACGUGAAGACGGUGUUCGAGAUGGGGGCGGCGGCGCGCGCCGGGGGCCGGCUGGGCCGCGGCGACCGGAUCCUCGCCGUGGACGGGGCGAGUCUGGAGGGGCUCACACACCAGCAGGCUGUGGAGGUGCUGAGGAGGGCGCAGGGGACCAUCACGCUCACCGUCCUGUCCUAGCGCUCUCCCUCCGGCCCCCUCCAUCGAGACUGCACCUCCCGCCGCCUGCCGGGACAGUUCGUUUGGAUGCCCGUGUGUCCGGACCGUGGAAAGGCGUACCUUUAAAGUAUUAUUAGGAAGACCGUACCUCUAGAACUCUGCCGCCAAGAAGUGUCAAAUGUUGAAAAAUGGUUCUGGUAUGUAAAUUUCAGCCUAGUUUCGUUUGUCACUGUUGAUGUGUACACUGUACACGUACCAGUUGGACGAAAAUGAUUUCGCUCAGUAUUUUCUCUGCACCUAGAGUAUUAAAUCUAACAAAAAAAAAGUUUUGACAUAAAUUAAAGUUGUAUACUUGUAAAGUGUUAGCAUGUUGUGCAAGUCAAUUUGAUAUAUUAUAGAUUAUUUUAGAAUACUUUCAUUGGUUUUGUUAAUGACAAGAAAGGAGUGAAUUACACCCACUCAAUCUAUUUAAUAAUGACUUAAACUGACACUUCUUGAUCUUUAUUUAUUUGGUAUGUAGUUAUUUAUGGAUUAAUUGUAUAUUUUCAAAUAAAAACCUAUGAUAAAGAAAUUUUUUUUGAUGGAGAUUGUAGGGUAUAUACUACUAGACCAGAAUUAUUUCAUCGACUGUUUUAAUUUUACCUUCUACAUAAUGGAUGCUGUUGUGUGAGCAAAUAAAAGAACUUCAAGCACCACAAGAUGUUGAAAAUAAUUUGUGACUGCAGCAUUGCUUAUGUUAUAAACAAUUUAACUGCAUUAAAAGUGUAAAUUGUGAGGAAUGAAAUUGCUCUCGAAGAAGUGAUUAGACUUCUGAAGUGAAUUGCAUGAUGACAGGGUUUGAUUGGGACCAUAGUUUGUUCAGCUGACUUAAGAGUUCAUGAGUGUAAUGCAGGGAGCCGAAAUGUUUUGAUUAAAGUGCUUGAAUUUA